GUCAAACGUCAAACAUCCAGACAUCCACCAACUCAGCCUCCUCUGCCCUGCGAUAAUCCCAAGCAAGACGACGGCGGCGCGGGCAAUUGACGCCUCGUGACUAAGCUCCCCUUCACAUCAUCUCAUAUCGCCUACUUGGUUACUCUUGGCCCCGCUCGUGACCCCCAAGCUUGGUUGGAUCAACGGCACCGAGACGAUCCCUGCCAGAUUCCGAGGCAGUUCGAACGCAACAGACUCACACACGUGCGCCCUGCCGUGGCCUCUCUCACUCAGGAUGCUAUUCUUCAGUUUCUUCAAGACCCUCAUCGACCAGUCCGUCACCGUCGAGCUCAAGAACGACAUCAAGGUGACGGGCACGCUCAAGUCGGUGGACCAGUACCUCAACAUCAAGCUCGACGACAUCUCGGUCCACGAGGAGCUACGCUACCCCCACCUGAGCGCCGUCAAGAACGUCUUCAUUCGCGGGUCCGUCGUCCGCUACGUCCACCUGCCCGCCAGCGCCGUCGACGUCACCUUGCUGGAAGAUGCCGCAAGGCGAGAGGCUUCGAACCAGGCGGCCAAGGUGAAGUGAGCAGGUGAGGCUAAUGUGGAUGGGUAGGUGGCAGGGCAGGGCAGGGCAGGGGGGAGGGGUCGUGAUCCUGCGGGGAAAGGCAGUUUAGGACGCGGUUCAGCACGAUGGAGGGUAAGGAAAGCUAGCAAAAGGAGAGAAGCUGGACAAGACUGGGCGGGAGGCCCCCUUCACUCGACCAUGGACGCGGCAAUACCCAGAGAACGGUAUAGGAGGGAUGAGACGAAUCGGGAUAUAUCGCGUCUUCUCGAUCAUGACUGCAUCUAGAACGCUAGUCUCGUCCUUGGUCUUUUGUUACAUGCGCUGCUGCUCCCUUACUGCCGGGGGUUUCCCCACGGCUAGCCCAACCAGUGGCGGAACGGUGUGCUCGUGAAGUGUUUGGCUCUCGUGGCAAUGUGUACAUGGCUGUCAAACUGGACAUGGAGCCGAGUCGGCUUGGGACAGUCAGCAUUUGAGGCGCCCGCCACCAGGGCAUUACCAAUACACGCCGCCUCCCCGCCCAUCCUUUCCGUCCCAC